GCCCUCAAGGAUCUUCUUCCCGACGUGAUGUAUGACACACGAUAUGUGAACGAGUGAAUUAACCCGUGCAUGAUACUAUUUUUGUCUUUUCACAAGAAGAGUUGUUUUCUUAUCGUGUCCAAACAAUACAGUAGGUGCUAUGAAACAGUUAUAUCUCAGUCAUAAUUAUUUAUGGUGGAAGCGUGCAGAAAAGUCAGCAGUUAUUAUUGUGCGAUCCGCUGUGGAAUUUGUGGUUGGAGGAUGAGUAAUGGAAACUGAUGAUUGUAGAACCAAAAGAAUGCGCGGAAGAGCUCGAGGACGUGGUAGGGGGAGGGGAAGGGGAAGGGGCAGAGGACGUGGGAAGAAGGCAAUAAAGGUAAUUGAAAGUGAUGAGGAAGAAACUCCUCUUCAGGCACCAGAAGAAGUGACAGAAGGAAAUGAAGAAAACUUGCAGCCUCCAAAAAUCGAUCUUGAGGCUGACAUUUCACAGCUUGAGGCACCAACAUUCACAACUAUCAACCGAGGUCCUCCGGAACCUAUGUUACGACUUCGAUGGGACCAUCGUGUUAGCCUUAUGGGUGAAAAGGUUCUCAACCCCAUGAUUCACUGUUGUGAUAAAUGUUUGAAGCCAAUUCUGAUUUAUGGCAGAAUGAUACCAUGCAAGCAUGUUUUCUGCCUAUCCUGUGCAAAGCGCGAGGACAAAGUCUGUCCACGUUGUAUGGAAAAAGUAACCAGAGUUGAGCAGACAGGUCUGGGAACUGUUUUUAUGUGCACACAUGGUGGUACGCGCUAUGGAAACACGGGUUGCAGAAGAACAUAUCUUUCACAACGUGAUCUGCAGGCACACAUAAAUCACAGGCACAUAGCAGUGUCUGUCCAGGACCCACCACAGUUUCCUCUUGUUGUAACAACUGGUAGCAAUAAUAAACCAGAACCGUUACCUACAACAGCUGCUCCCCCACCUCGCAUGAAGCAUGAUCCCCGUUUACAGCGCUCACCUCCGCCUCCUCCACCACCACCCUUUGCUCCCCCACCAUCUCACAGGCCACCCAUAAUGUUUACUUCCAACCCGCCCCCCACAAUGCGUACUAAUCUCAUCACAGUACCAAUACAAGACUCGACUGCUCCACCACCUGUUAUUGUUGAUCCCCCACCUUCAGCACCUUACCACCAUUACACACAAGCACCACCACCACAAUAUACACCAUAUUCCGUUCCUCCUCCACAACCCAGUUACUACCAAGCACCACCAGGCUACCAAGCAGCACCUGUGGCACAGUAUGGUGGACAAGGUGCUGUUCCUCAAGGUACUGCUGCUGUUGCGGCAGCAGCUGCAGCUGCUGCAGCAGCUGCUGUGAGAGCUCCUCAGUACCAAGAACAACAAGUAGUUCAACCGUAUGGAGCCCCACCACCUCAGCAAUGGCAGCAUCCACCUAGCAAUCCAGCCUUUUACAGAUGAAGACUGUGGAUUUUCUUUCACUGAUUUUGAAAAAGAACUGUAGAUACAGUCUGAUAAUCAGUGUUAGAAGCUGACAAAAACUAUAGACAAAUUUUUAAAAAAUUAAAAUUUUGAGCAAAUGUUUGUUCAUUAGAGAAGCUUAUCUUUCGUAUGGUUGGCGAACUGUAAAAAUACCAUUCAGCCUCCACAAAGUAAUUAAAGAACAUUUUAUAUUGACAGUCUUUGGUGAAAAGAUUAUUGAUAUUUAGUUUUAAUUAUUACAAUUUGGUAAUGAUAGUUGUAAAAUGUGCGGUGGCCUUUUCUAUGAACAGUUUGUGCAACUAAAAAUUAAUUUUCCUGUGCAAAAUACUUUCUACAUUGUAAGUAAAUUUUGUAUCUAAUAUCUCGAGCGCUAUUAUUAAGUUUGAAAACUUGUAGCAGUCCAGAUAUUAUUAUUUAUCACUUGCUAAAAAAUCCAGAACAGAAAUACAGAUUGAUUUUGAAAAUUUUUGUCUUUUAUCAUGUUACAUGCAACUGGAAAACACACAAGUCACAUUAGUAGGCACUGAAUGAUGAUCUGAUGCUAGGUAAUUAAUGAGAUGGUGUCAAUGAGUUUACAUGAAUAGAAUAGGAUUUUGUGUCAUGUAAUUUCUAGUUCUACAUCGAUGAUCUGUAUUGUGUUAAAACUCACCUUCAUUCACAUAUGUCGAUCAACAUUCUACUGUUACGAUUAAUGUUUCCUGUUGCUGUUCGUGAAAAUUACUGCUCUCUAGUUACUGACAACUUUUUAGUGCCAGUAUGGUGGUGGUGGUGGUGGUGGUGCUGCUGCUGCUGCUGCUGCUGCUGCUGCUGGAAUGUUCAUGUUGUUCUCAUAAUAAUUAUAAAACAUUUCAUGUACUCUCCUAAUUUAACUAAUUUGAUUUCCUUGAAUUGUUGGCACCGAUUUUUUACUGCUGAUUAUAUUAUAGCGUGCAAUUUAUAGAAUUUUAAAGAUACUUUAUUUUUAUAUAUAUAUAAAUAUGUAAAAAAAUGGUAUUCUUCUGUGGAAGGAAAAGCCCCAUGUGGAUGUUAAGAUAAUGAAUAAUUAACUAAAAGGAUAAUACUACCUGAUGGUAUGGUAUGUGUGUACCUGAAGUCUUGUGACAUUGUCACUCAUUUUCAGAUCAAUGUCUGAUCUGAACUUCUCUUCCACGAACAAAUUAUACUACUCAACAGUGGAUAACGCAUUUUCUCUAUCAGUUGAUUCAGUUUCUUGACGACUAAAGUUUCAUAAAUUCCACUUUUUCUGUUGGCACUUAAAUACAUGCAGUUACUUCCAUUUCUUUCCUUUCCUUUCCUUUCCUUUUCUUAAAAUAUGGCAAAUAUGUUUUUCGGUUAAUAUCUAUGAGAUGUGUAGUUGAACUGAAUUGAAGGGUUCAUUUGAACAAAGUGCUAACCCACAAGAGCACCAUUUUUAUGGUACCAUGUUUAAACAAUUUUCACUGUGUUUAAUCCAUACUUCCACACUAUUUGUUAUAUAAUGCACAUAUUGUAUUAUGUGUAGCUCCUACUACUGUGCGCACUAACCAAGUAUUUGAGAACAAGAGCACUUAGAAACUUGCAACAAACUUUACAUGUAAUUUCAGACCAUUAAAAAAUUUU